AUGGGCAACGCGCACCGCAAGCGGGGCCCCGCGCACGGCCCCUCCUGGCUCUUCGGCCGCCGCGCCGCCGGCAUCCGGGCGGGCGCCGCCAAAGCGGAGCGGGAGCGGCCGCCGAGCGCGCCGAACGCCGCCGAAUGCGCCGACAACGUCUUCUUCCCCGGCGCGCGGCCGCCGCACCUGCAGGAGCUGCACCACGAGGCGCAGGCCGGCCGCAAGUCCCUGCAGCACCAGGAAAAGCAGAAACAGACCAAAAGUGCCUGGGACCACGGAGACACCAACAGCCUCCAGUCCUGCGCCUCCUCGGAGGAUGACGGAGGCUCCUUCCGGAGCCGCGCGGCCUCCUGCGCCACGGACAGCACCUCCGAGGACGCCCUCUCCAUCCGCUCCGAGAUGAUCCAGCGCAAAGGUUCCACCUUCCGGCCCCAUGACUCCUUCUCCAAAUCCUCGGAGAGGGCUGGCAAGAAGAGGAAGGAGAGGAGGACGACAGUGCUGGGCAUCCCGCAGCACGUCCAGAAGGAGCUGGGUCUCAGGAGCAGCCGGGAUCCCACGGGACGAGCGGACGGCCAGGGACACGGGGACAGCCGGGCGCCGCAGCCCUUGCUGAACGGCGGCCAGGUCUCCUCGGGCGACGCCAUCCGCAUCCCCACCAUCGACGGGAAGCUGGCGCCGCCGGCCGCCCCCGGCGGAGCCCGCGUCUCCCUCGGAGCCUUGGAGGAGGCGGACGCGGCCCUGCAGAAACACAUCGACCGUGUUUACUACGACGACUCGCUGCUGGGCCGCAAGACGGCGGCCAAGCUGUCCCCCAUGGCGAGGCCCAAGUCGCUGGCCGUGCCGGGCAUGACGACGAGCGCCGGCGCCCCGGAGCUGCUGAGCCCCGUCAUGUCCAUCUCGCCGCAGGGCACCUACAUGUCCAAGAUCAUCCCCAACGCCAUCCUGCCGCCCAUGGUGGACGUGGUGGCGCUGACGCGCAGCAGCGUGCGGACGCUGAGCCGCUGCAGCCUGGUGUCCAGCCCGGCCUCGGUGCGCUCGCUGCCCCGCUUCCCGGAGCACGGCACGCGCAGCCGCGAGCCCUCCUCCUCCAGCGACAACUGGAGCCACUCGCAGUCCACCGAGACCAUCGUGUCCGACAGCUCCACCAUCUCCUCGCAGGGCGGCUCCGAGCGGCGGCCGCCCGAGGUGCCGGGGCUCCCCGACCGGCCGCCGGGCGCCUACGCGCUGCGGGAGCCCCCGGCGCCGCCGCGCUGGGGCUGCCCCGACGCCCCCGACCGCACCAUGUCCCCCUCGAGCGGCUACUCCAGCCAGAGCGGGACGCCCACGCUGCCGGCCCGGGCGCUGGGCCCCGCUGCCGCCUCGCCGGGCUGCGCUCAGAAGGGCCCCGAGCGGGGCUGCUCCCUGCGCUCGCCGGCGCUCUCGGGCUCCUCCUCGCUCACCUCCAUCUCCUCCUCGGCCUCGGAGCCCGAGGGCCGCUCGGAGCGCUUCGCCAUCCCGCCGCACCCCAAGGUGCCAGCGCCCUUCUCCCCUCCGCCCGCCAAGCCCCGGCCGCCCGCCGGCCCCCCGGCCGCCUCUCCGGAGCCCCGGGAGCCGCCAGCGCCAGCCAAAGCUCCGGACAGGUCCCCGCCGCCGUCACCGCCGCCCGCCCACCAGCCGCCACCGCCGCCGGCCAAGAGGGCCGAGGGCAGCCCGGAGCGCGCCGGCGAUGCCCCCGCUGACGCCGUGUGGCCCCCGCCGCCUCCGCCGGCUCCCGAGGAGCAGGACUUGUCCAUGGCGGACUUUCCCCCUCCGGAUGAGGCGGAUUUCUCCAGCCUGCCCCUGCCGGAGCCCCAGCCGGCGCCUCUCGGCCGGGAUGCACUGCCGGAGCCGCCAGCCGGGCAGAAGCGGCCGCCGAGCCCUGGGAAGGAGCCGCCAACUCCAUCAUCCUCGUCCACAGUCUCCUGCGUCCAGCAGCAGGACCCACCGGCCGGGACGGCACUGCCGGCUCCCGCCGCAGAACCAGGACAAGCUCCCAGCCCGGUUGUGCCACCCGCUCCACCGCUCCCGCCACCCCCGGCUCCAUCGACACCAAACACCUUCAAGAAAGCGGUGGCCAACGGCUCGCGCGUGGAGCCCAAGGAGUCGGUGGCGCCGGCGCGGAGCAAGGGCGGCGCGGCGCCCAAGGAGGACGCGAGCCUGCCCAUCGUCACGCCGUCGCUGCUGCAGAUGGUGCGGCUGCGCUCGGUGAGCGUGGAGCCGGCCGCGGGCACCCGCGAGCGCGCGCCGCCGCAGAAGCCCGCGCGCCGGGCCCUGUCCACGCGGCAGCCCUCUCCCCCGCGGGACCUCCGAGCCGCCGCGACCGGAGCCCCCGGCGGGGACGGGCGGCUCUCCCCGGCGCAGAAGUCGACGGCCUCCACCGCCAGCUUCAUCUUCGCCAAGAGCCCCAAGAAGCUGGUGAUCGAGACGCCCUCGUCGCCCGAGGCGCAGGCCGACCUCAAGAGGAACCUGGUGGCCGAGCUCAUGAGUUUCUCGGGGCAGCGUGCGGCCGCUCCGGCCCCCGGCAAGCCGCAGGCGGCCCCCAAGCCCGCCAAGAUCCCGCCGCCGGUAGCCAAGAAGCCCUCGCUGGGCCCGGGGCCGGCGCCGCUGAGCCCCAAGGGGACGGAGGCGCCGGGCGCUCCGCUGCCGGAUGGGAAGCCCAAGCCGUUCCCAGCGGGAGAGAGCAGGACGCGGAGCGAGGCGGCCGGCGCCGAGGGCGGCACCGCCGCAGAGACGCCGGCACGGAGCCCCCCUGCGCAAGACAAACGUGGAGAGACGGUUUGA